GUCAAAUAAUUGUUUUCGUGGGUCAGAUUGAGAGUUUAUUUCAAUUUGUAACAAUAAAUUAGAGUUGCAAAUGCUGUUAUAGAUAAAAUGAGUGAUUUUGCAAACGCCACGGAGGCGGCGUCGCUUGCUGUUCGGUUCGAUCAAGCAGGGCAAAUAGAUAAAGCGGUAGAAUGUUACCGAACUGCUGCGAGACUAUUGGAUCGAGUUCGCGAUCAAGUUCCUCUAGAACGGCAAACAGAACUACGUGAUAAAGUACGGGAAUAUCUUCACAGAGCUACCCUCUUGCAGGAACAAAAAGACAAUGCACAGCAAGCGGAGAGUGAGCGAGGCCUGCAGCAAUGCUACUUCCUAUUGCAGCAAGCUUUGGAUGCUGAUGAAGCUGGUCUGGAGGACCUGGCGCUGCAGCUGUACACUCAGGCUGUGGAGCUGGCCGUUACUAUAAAAUCAACUGACCCAGACAUACAGACAAAAGUAAAGAAUCUAGCCAGGCAGGCACUGGACAGAGCUGAGGAGUUGAAGGGGAUCAAUAAAAUAGGAUCCAUGUCAUUAAACGAAGCUAAGAGGCCGCCACCAAACAAGGCCCAGCUGCAAAGAGAACAAAGCGUGCACCUCAAAGUGACCGGGAAGCAGGUUUACACGAACGAAGAAAAGGAGGUCCUGAGACAGACGUCUAAUAUAAACAGUAACUGCUUUCUGCCGUUCAUGGAUAUCGAUCUAUCAGAAAAGUUUCAAUACGCCAUACCCUUCGAAGACCGAGCGAGCGAACUAAAGCUAUCGUCCAAGCAAGCCAGCGAGUUCGAGCGCUGGGUGCGGCCGCACGAGAUUUGCUCAGACCCUAAAAUGAUUGUCGGCGACCAUGUGGAUUGCUUUAGCAUUAAACAAACUAUUGUGUCAGACUGUUCAUUCGUGGCUUCACUCGCCGUCAGCGCCCUCUAUGAGAUGCGGUUCAACAAGAAGAUCAUAACCUCCAUCAUAUAUCCGAAGAAUAAGAAUAAGGAUCCAGUGUAUAACCCGUUUGGGAAGUAUAUGGUUAAGCUGCACCUUAAUGGAGUUAGAAGAAAGAUUAUAAUAGACGAUCGCCUACCAUACAGUCGCUACGGCCGCCUGUUGUGUUCGUACUCUAGCAAUAAGAAUGAAUUUUGGGUGUCGCUGCUCGAGAAGGCUUAUAUGAAAGUCAUGGGGGGAUAUGACUUCCCGGGGUCUAAUAGUAAUAUAGAUCUGCACGCGCUGACGGGCUGGAUUCCGGAGCGGUGUGCGAUCCGGAGCGAACCGGACUUCAACGCGGACGCCCUCUAUGAGACGAUACGGACAAGAUUGCAACGGGGCGAGGUACUGGUGACAGCGGCAACAGGCACUCUGAGUGACGCGGACGCGGAACGCACAGGUUUGGUGCCCGCGCAUGCGUACGCCGUGCUCGAUGUCAGACUCGCUAAUGGUGUAAAACUACUGAAGCUCAAAAACCCCUGGUCCCAUCUCCGCUGGCGCGGGAACUACUCAGAACUCGACACUCACCAUUGGACUCAGGACCUGCGCUCACAACUGAACUAUGACCCUGACAGUGCAGCCCAGUACGACAAUGGAGUGUUUUGGAUAGACUACGCGAGCAUAUUGAACUUUUUCGAUGUGUUCUAUCUGAAUUGGAACCCGGAUAUAUUCCAGUACACUUAUUGUAUACAUCAAAAAUGGGACGCCGGCAACGGUCCCGUCAAAGACGCUUACAACAUCGGCGAAAAUCCUCAGUUCUCCCUUCACGUUCAGGGCAAAGGGGCCGUCUGGUUGUUAUUAACGAGACAUAUCACGCAGAUCGACGACUUUAGGGACAAUAAGGAGUAUAUCACGCUGUUGGUAUAUAAGAAGAAUGGGAGGCGAGUUUAUUAUCCAUACGACCCUCCCCCCCACAUAGAUGGCGUCCGUAUCAACAGCCCCCACUACCUCUGCAAGAUCAUCGUUGGCGAAACUAGUGCCGACAAGUACACGCUAGUCGUCUCUCAGUACGAGAAAUCUAGGACGAUAUAUUAUACGCUACGCGCGUAUGCCACUUGUCCUAUAUCUAUGGAGAAGUUGGAGAGCUAUCGGUAUACGAAAACUAUCGCCGGUGAGUGGGUGGGGCGGAGCGCUGGUGGCUGUGAAAAUCAUCGCGACACCUACAGAUAUAACCCCAAGAUCUACAUAACCGUACCAGAGAGCAGAGUUCCCUGCCGUGUGGUGGCGCAGUUAAAGGGUCCCAAGCAAUACCAGAUGGGUAUGGACGCGCGCGUGGAGUCCCUUGUCGACCCUACCGUCACAGCGCCCUUUGUCAAAGAAUCUUCAGGCGCUUACAGAUCGGGUUUCGUAGUUCUGGAGCUGCCCGUGCUGCCAACCGGGCGGUAUACCAUAACGCCGUCCACAUACUAUCCCGCUCAGGAGGGCCCGUUCCUCCUGGAGCUCAAGUCUACUAUAGAGUUGGCGUGCGAGACAAGCAGCUAGGCGCGGCGAAGCAGGGUGAAGACUGACAAUACUAUAUAUUAAUACAGUGACCUGAUUCACCACAGUGACACUUCAUCAUUACUGAAAUGAAAUGAAGUAUUUAGGUGUCCGUGCCUUCGCUUGAACCACUAAUGAGAUUAACACCUUCAUAACUUUUUUUAAUAUAGUUUUACUAUAUAAAUGUCAAAAUGAUUGUACACAACCGUUUGUUUCUUAAUAAACAAUAAAUAAAUAAAAUAAAUAAAUAACUCAGCCCUAAUCGAGUGAAUUCCUCGACUAGUAGCGCCAUCUGGCGCGCCAGUCAAGUACUAGUGUCGCCCGGUUACCAGCGCAUGUAUGAAAUAUUGACGCUGAAUGAGUAGUAAUACUAAUAAUGUUACUGAGAGUUAAUUGCACCACCGAACCCACCAUUUUAUAUGGAGUUUCACAGGUUGACAGCCCACCAACCUUCAGUUAGGCACUGGUCCCACCGCGAGCUAGUAAGCUAUGAGCUACCGGUUAUAAAAACGAACAAGCUAGUAAGCUAUGAGCUAUCGGCU